AUGGAUCCCUCCCUAGCGAACAAUCGUCAAAUGAAUCUUGAACACUCCCAACCAACAAAGGAAAACGUCGAUGACGUCACUGGUGAUGAUAGUGAUAGCAACAACAUCAACAACAACUACGACGAUCCUGAUAAUGAUAACUACGACGACAGCGAAUGCACGGAUAGUGAUUUCCAUUGUUCCUCGAAGAACGAGUGCGUGUCCAUGCCGUUCGUGUGCAAUGGCAUUCCCGAGUGCACCGAUGGAUCGGAUGAGGUCAACUGCACUGCUGGUUCGGCAACCUCUCUCCCUGGAUGUCCCCCUCACUUCUCCGAAUGUUCUGCAGACGUGAACGGCGCUGCCUGCAUCACCGCUGACAUGUUCUGCGAUGGAAAAGUUCACUGUCCUGAUGGUCUAGAUGAGGUGAAGGAAUAUUGCUCGAAAGUUGAACAGGCCAGUUCAGGUUCGACGAAUAGAAACAUCUCUGUGAUGGUUGGCAUCAUAUCUGCCAUUCUUCUCGUCCUCAUCAUCAUCGUCGUGGUCGUCGUCUACAUAAUUCUGUCGAAGAAGCGUCACAAGCGAUGCCACAGCCGACGCAGGACUCUACCACCGCCUACCAUGACGAGCAUUGCAACCAUCUUCAACUCAUCAGAUGCUCACAAUGACCAGCACCAAUCCAAGCAGCAACAGCAGUUAGCACAACAGCAGCAGCAGCAACAACAACCACGUAACAAUAUGGCCUACAACGACGAAUCAUUAAGAUACGACCCUUCUGACAACCUACCUCCACCAUACAACAAAAUUAUCCAGCAACAACAGCAACAACAACUUCUACUUCAGCAACAGGCCUCUUCCACUUCUUCGUUUGAACGUCUCGACAUGGGUGCGAUCGAUUAUGAUCCAAAGUCCAAAGAACUCCCAAUCAGCAACCAGACCUCUUCUCCAUUUUUCUCCUCUUCUUCAUCACCUCUGCAUAACAAAAAAGUCGCUUCAUCGGCCACAAACAACCACGGAGGGCGAUCCAGGAAGAACGACAACAUGGUGUCGUACCGAAGCAGUAAGUCGUCAGUGGGGGAUCACAUUUACGAGGAGCCUACGGGUGUUGUGUCCAUGAUGAAGGAGAGGAACAACGCUGCUGCUGCUGCUGCUGCUGAAGACGACGACGAUGACGGCGUCGUUAGUCGGUAUCCAUGUGCUGAUGAGGAAGAUGAAGACGAAGAGGAGGAUGAUAAUGUUCAUCAAGUAUUAAAUUCAAGGUUCUCACCAAUGCAUUUGCAGUCUAUUCAGAAACAGCAUUUAUUGCAUCAUCAACAGCAACAACAGGACCAGUAUUACAAACCACAACAGCAACAACAUCAGCAGCAGCAACAACAACAACGCAACAUGCGAUCGUCAGUUGUAUCGCCUAAUGCUGCAUCAGCAACUUGCCAACGAGUUUCGCGAAUCAGAUUGGGAACAGCAGUCAUUCAGCAACGAAACGACAACAGUUGGGUGGACAACGGUUUGUGUACAGCCAACCCAUCAACCAACAAUUACUUGGACAACAGAGGUCACGCUACCAUGGGAAGAUCUAGCCGUCGAAACAACAGCAACCAGCUGCAACACGCGUCAGUUAUGUCUAGUCGAAGAAGAAGCGGGGGAUUGGACGGGGUGUUCAAUUCCCCUCCCACAACUCCACCUCACCACUACGCUGAUCAAUUCUACCCAACGUCGGACAACCACAAUCAGCAACAUUCUCGUUACAGAAACAACAACGGUCCGGCGGAUGAUGUGAUGACAGCACUUAGAUUGGCUUCAAAAAAUUCCAGCUCUGCAGAGAGCAGCAACAACUCGAGCAACAGUGCAUCUAGCAACACGAAACUGCUUCCAUCCUCUGCCAGCUGUCAACAAUUUCAACCAAACAUUCUUCAGAACAACAACGCCGUCAGAAGAGAUCCAAAGUCGACAUCCUCGAAAACUUCUCAAGUGGACAGAAUUCCACUCGGCAUCUGUUUCUCUACAGAUCAACAACAAAUGUCCGAAAUGUUUUCUCAGCAGUACGAUCGUUACCAGCAACAACAACAGCAAAUUCAACAACUGCAGCAACAAAUUCAGCAGCAACAUAUACAACCCAUCAGAAAACAAAGUACCACACCAGCUUCUUUAACUCACAACAAUUCUUUCCAACAAAGACAACAUAUCUUAGGUAGGGAAUCAUCCAUCGGUGGUACGAGACCAGACCGAGAAACCAACAAUGCAAACAAAUUAAACUUCAGUCAAUACAGCAAUAUUGACAACAUCAGUAACAACAUCCGCCUACAAAACUUUACACAGAUUGAUUGCGACAAAACAAAACUUGGAUCUCCGUUUGCCAACGAGCAUGUUGCACUCUCGAAAUGCAUGCCACAAAACAUUGAACAGCCAUUGAACCAGCGCUUUCAUGAUGAUGAACAGCUCAAGUUCGCCAAACUUCUCAACCAUCGAUCCACCUCAGAAAUUUUGUGUGGAGAUGAAUUUUUAAACCCAACAUGUGUCUAAAAUAUUAUAUUAAAUUCAUUUGAUUGAUUGAUUGGCUUGAUUAACAAUAUAACCAUAAACUAGAGUACACAGAUGUCUCUCUCUCUCUUUUUCUCUCUAUAUAUACAUGUAUGUAUAUAUA